AUGGAUUCAGGUGAGGCGUUCGGCCAUGUGAGCGGUCUCAGCGCGGGGCGGCGCCAUGUGCUCAAGAGCGUGUCCAUUCCUGUCGAGCGGGGACGGCGCGCGUCGCACAGCGCGGCGGCGCGCGGCCGAAGCACGGCGCUGCGGGCGGCGCCGGCGGGGGCGGCGGCGGCGCAGGGCGCGGGCGAGCGGGCGCGCAGGCCGGCGGCGCGGCAGCAGAGCGCGCGCCGCCGGCAGCGCCGCAGGAUGGGCGACGAGAAGGGCCCCUCCGCCACCAAGCAGGAGAUCGAGGCGCUGUGCCGCGUGUUCCGGAAGCUGCUGGCCACCGACAGCUACGCGGGGGCGGGGUCGUCCGCCGCCGCCGCCAAGGCCGUCGCCGGCCCACCGGGCGGCGCGUCGGCGGGCGCGGUGCACGAGGUAACACUCGCACUAGCCAUAGCGUUACACCACGAUUUAUUCAAUCGUUUAUUCAAUUCACAUUUGAAGUGA